AUGAACCAGCAGAAGUCCACUGCGGAGACACACUUGAAGAUAGACACCAUGUACAACGAUCUGAAUGGGAAGUACGAGGCUGUGUGGACUCAUGUGAAGAAGCUGGAUGUCCAAGUAGCUCAAACCGCUGAAGCAGUGAAGAGACCUCAUGGAACCCUUCCUGGGAAAGGAGAGACGAACCCCAGGAAUGAGUAUGUUGCACAAGUUGAGCUGAGAAGUGGGAGGAAGCUGUUACCUGCUGCGAUUCCUCCUAAAAGGUCAGGCAAGGAGAAAGUCGACGAGAACCAACGAGGAACAGUCGAUCGAGCUGCAAGCGGAGUCGAUCAAGCUGUGAGACGCCUCGUCAUCUCAGGAACCCACGAUCCGACCACCUACUCCUGCAGCUGCAGAGACUGCUCCAGCCAGAGCUUACACACUAAGGUGCCUUACCCUGUUCCACGGAAAGAAGUCCAGAAAAGAUUUGGAGGAAGCAAAGUGUAA